ACGAAACAAAACCCCUAAUAUAAAUCAUCACUAACUCAAGUGGAGAUAGAACCCUAGAACAACAGAAGAAGAGCUUUGGAGACAUCUCUAUAGUUAGGGUUUGCAGGAAUAAUAAGAAGAAGAGGCUACAGAUCAAUCCCACUCCAAAAUAUGACGUUUAAGCGGAGGAAUGGUGGUCGUAACAAACAUGGUCGUGGUCAUGUUAAUUUCAUUCGUUGUUCCAACUGUGGAAAGUGUUGCCCUAAGGAUAAGGCAAUCAAGAGAUUUUUGGUGAGAAACAUUGUUGAACAAGCUGCAGUUAGAGAUGUUCAAGAAGCUUGUGUUUAUGAUGGAUACACUUUGCCUAAAUUGUACGCCAAGAUGCUUUACUGUGUCUCAUGUGCAAUUCAUUCUCAUGUUGUGAGGGUUCGUUCUAGAGAGAAGAGAAGGAACCGUGACCCACCUCAACGUUUCAGACGUCGGGAUGACACUCAAAAGCCCGCCCAAGGUGGCCCUCGCGCAGCAGGAGCUGGUGCUGCACCUGGAGCUACUGGUGUACCUGGAGCUGCCCCAGCCGCCCGUACUUGAGCAACAAGUCGAGAAGUUGAAUUGUCUUCUGAUACCGUCAAUGUUUUAAAGUUUUGGAUUCAGGGUGGUACCUAGAUAACAACCUUCUCCUUUGUGUGUUUUUUAUUUUAUGGAAAUCUUUUGUUGAGGACUCUGUUUUGUUAUAUGCAUCAACGGGUAAAAUUUUGAAAUACUUCUCUAGACUCGUUAGUAUAUGUUGGAACUCGAGGUGUAUUUUUCAAAUGUUAUCGUAGUAUUAUAAGUAGAUUAAAUGAAAUCUCAUUUGCUUA